GGUAUGGAGCAGAGACCUAUAAGACAGAGGUGGAACUGUGGCCUUCAUCGUUAUCUCCAAGCAUGGUUUGAGAUUAAUCUGAGGAAUUUGAUGGGGACAGGGAAAGAGAGGUACAUGCACACCUAAGCUUGAAAGUUGACUGGCUUGUGCAAUUUAAAGCUUACUGAUGUAGUAGUUGUGACAGUUGAAAACCCAGAGUUGAAGUGACUAGUGUAAAGACUAAAAACAGCUUCUAUUGUAGGUGCAGUUCAGUGAAGUUUAGGGAGUUAUUUUUUUCCUUUUCCUGCUGUGCUUGCUGUCAUGAAUAUUAAAGUUUACAAGUUGUGAUGCAUGGUCAUGGAGGCUAUGACUCGGAUUUUAGUGAUGAUGAACAUGGUGGAGAAUCUAGCAAAAAGAAAAGAAGGACAGUUGAAGAUGAUUUACUGCUGGAAAAGCCAUUUCAGAAAGAAAAACAUGGAAAAGUGGUCCAUAAACAAGUUGCAGCAGAAUUGCUGGAUAGGGAAGAAGCAAGAAAUAGAAGAUUUCAUCUCAUAGCUAUGGAUGCUUAUCAAAGGCAUACAAAGUUUGUAAAUGACUAUAUUUUAUAUUACGGUGGCAAAAGGGAAGACUUCAGGCGUUUGGGGGAGAAUGACAAGACAGACUUGGAUGUUAUUCGAGACAAUCAUAGGUUCCUAUGGAAUGAGGAGGAUGAAAUGGACAUGACUUGGGAGAAGAGACUUGCAAAGAAAUACUAUGAUAAAUUAUUCAAAGAAUAUUGCAUAGCAGAUCUCAGUAGAUACAAAGAAAAUAAGUUUGGAUUUAGGUGGCGAGUAGAAAAAGAAGUAAUUUCAGGAAAAGGUCAGUUUUUUUGUGGAAAUAAACAUUGUGAUAUAAAAGAAGGCUUGAAGAGUUGGGAAGUUAAUUUUGGUUAUAUUGAGCAUGGCGAAAAGAGAAAUGCACUUGUUAAAUUAAGAUUAUGCCAAGAGUGUUCUUUUAAGUUAAAUUUUCAUCACAGGAGAAAAGAAAUCAAGUCAAAAACAAGAAAGGCUAAAAAAGACUGUGAAGAAUAUGUACAUAAAAAAUCCAGAUUAUCUCCUACAGAAGAUACCUCCAAGAAAAAGGACAAAGGACAUUCUUCCUCAAAGGAAUCAGAAGAUUCUGUAAAUAGACAUACUGAUGAGGAAGAAAGUGCUUCAGAAUCUGAGUUGUGGAGGGGCCCACUACCAGAGACAGAUGAAAAAUCACAGGAAGAAGAAUUUGAUGAGUAUUUUCAGGAUUUAUUUCUUUGAGA